AUGAUUCUCCCGUUUUGGAUAACCGAUAACGCCCUAUUUGUGGUGGUGACAGAUCCCUUUGAGGGUUCUCGUAACAUCGUCGCUUCAGUCCCCGCCGAAACAAUAUUCAGGAUCUACAAUCAUUUAAUAAAACUCGAUAAUCUUCUAACGGAUGAGAAGGAGUUGUUGAAUUCAUUACAGAGCAGCAACCGCCUCGUCGACAUCGUGUAUGUUCUUUACUCAUCCGCCACCAUACUCUGCACCACCUUCGGUUCCGCACACACGCCUUCCCUCUCGAUCAUUCCAACGGAGACUUCUUUGUCACACACCUAG